AUGAAUUCCCAAGUCCCUGAAGCUGAGAUUGACCGGGGCAAGCAAAUGGAGAGUUCAUUUUGGGGGUUUGACCCCGUCACUGAAUUCGACUCUGGCAAUCCAAGCGAGCAAAUGGAAGCAAACAGUCUGAAGAAACAACGAUCUGCAUUAGCAUCAUCUAAGUACCCAGCAAAGUCGUCUCAAUCGCCCCAGCUGCCUGUUCAAGAUGUAUCUUCCGCAAUUCAUUCACAGGAACCUAAGACUUGGGCUACCCGCAGCACAGACCGUUUAGCUACCAAAAGCGAGCAGAAGGAAGAUGAAUACUGGGGUUUCGAUCCCGUGUUGCGAUCUGCAACAAAUCUAAGCAUGAAGAGCGCUGCUGUGGAGGGGAGUUACAGUAAAGAAGCUCAUUGUACUGAGACCAGCCGUUUGGGGAAGUAA